GACGAUCUUCCUGGUCACAUUUUCUCGUAGGUCCCAGUUUCCUUAAUAAUGUUUGCUCCCGUACACUCAACAGAAAGGGAACGGUUAUUAGAAAGCUCAGACACAGUCAGUCAGAAUGAAGCAGAAAAACAAAUUAGCUGACUGUAACAGGCAGUCACACAGUUAGCGUGGUCGGAGCCAGAUAAGAAGAAGAGCAACUACAAACGCUAUUUACUCUGUUACGCCAAGGACGUAUGAGGAAGGCAAACACAGGCGUGACUGACAGAGAAGGCGCAGAGUCUGGAUGGCAUUUGCGAAAGCUGGCCGUUUGAAAUCCUCCAGAGAUAUGAAUCAUGUCUUGACUACAAACGAUUAAGCUGUCCGCCGAUAAACUGCAGCAGCACGUCGGAAAUAAUAAUAAUAAAGGCCUCCUCCGAUGGAGCUCAGUGCUCUUUAAUCCAGCUAGAAACCUCCCUGACAGGCAGCGACGAGCUACGGCUAAGGGACGCUUUAUUCGCAAUUGAAGGAAUUUAUGGGAUCACAAGUUUCCUCUGAUGAGAUGAGUGUGAGUGCUGGCCAGGGCAGUGAUGAGGUGCUGGUUUCACAGGCAGUGUGGGAUUACCUGACUGCCGCUGGGCGGCCCUGGCUCAUUGACUUCCAGCACAAGCAGGGGAUGAGUGUUGGUAUCAUUAGGCGAGGAGAGAGGGGGGGCUGCUGUGCCAUUCGGCUGCAGCCAGUAGAAGGCUCAAGGAGCGUCGGAGCUGGGGUGAUGGAUGGACCCAUCUCCAGCGAGACACGGAAAGCCUUCAUUGACUUAUGCCGUUGUGCCCGCAAAGAAAUGAGCAAACAGGAGGGGGGAUCCAAAAGGAAGAGGGCGCUGCUGCCCUGUGUGGGAGUCCUGGAGCCGAAUGGAGAGGGGAGCCUGCUUCAGCCUCCACCUCCCCAGCCUCGGCGCUCCCAGAGACAGCAGCAGAGGUUCAAGAAGCCUGUUGAUGAGGGGGCAUGUGUCAUGCUCCACGAGGCUGCCCAGAGGAAAGACAUGGACUCCAGCAUGGCUUCCCACAGUGAAACAGAGGACAGUAAUACCUGCUCAAUCUGCAUGGGGGACAUAGUGGAGAAGACUACCCUGGAAAAAUGUGGCCAUUCUUUCUGUCACUCUUGCCUGGAUCAAGCCUUUAAAGUGAAGAAAGCGUGCCCCGUAUGUCGGCUAGUGUAUGGCCAGCUGAUUGGGAAUCAGCCUGCCAAUGGCUCAAUGAUCGUAGAGAGAGAUCCUGAUCUGGAGCUUCCUGGCCAUGAAGGCUAUGGGUGUAUCUGCAUCAUCUACAGCUUCCCUCCUGGCUUACAGUCGCCAGAACAUCCCAACCCGGGUGUGCGCUACCCAGGAACAGACCGUGUGGCCUACCUCCCUGACAGCCCCGAGGGGAACCGUGUGCUGGGCCUGCUGCGCCGGGCCUUCGAACAGCGCCUUAUCUUCACCAUCGGUACCUCCAUGACUACGGGCAUGCAAAACGUCAUCACCUGGAAUGACAUUCACCACAAGACCUCAAUAUGGGGCGGGCCACGCUGUUUUGGCUAUCCUGAUCCCACUUACUUGGUGCGAGUGACAGAGGAGCUCAGAGAGAAAGGCAUCACAGCAGACUGAUGGUAUGAAAAUGAAAGAUUCUUCCAGGAUUUUGUAGGACUUUUCUGAGUGUCGUGUCCGCAAGGUGGACAUGACUCAGCUCCGGGUUUUGCUCUGAGACUGCCCGUCCCUUAAAAGGUGGCUGAAGACGAAGACCUCAGCAAACAGGAGCCUAAUGCUGCAGCGGAGCCCAUAUCACUCCACUAGUUAUUCCUCAGUUUGUUCAUUUUUCUCCAGCUUAUCCCAGUGCUACAUGUGGAAGAAAAUACUUUGGAGUGCAGUGCAUUCUUGUAUUAAAGCUGUCACUGUUGGCAACAGGGACUGAUAUCUGA